GGGAAUUUAACCCGGAAGAGGGGUCAGUUGGGAGUUGGCUGCAUAUCUAUGGUUGGCUGGACCAGGAAACAGUGUAGACCAGUACCAGGACCAAUACCAACACUCAGACCAGCACCAGGACCAACACUAAGACCAGGACCAGGACCAGUACCAGGACCAGCAGACGGGGAGGACUGACACCGUGAGCCAGUUCGGUUUAUAAAACUUAAAUAGAAGAAGAAGAUGAGCGGAGGAGUGAACAGCAUCGAUGCGGUGAAGAAGAAGAUCAAGGUCCUGCAGGAUCAGGCAGAGGAGGCCGAGGAGAGGGCGGAACGACUGCAGAAGGAGGUGGAGAAGGAGAAGAGGAGCAGAGAGGAGGCGGAGGCGGAGGUGACAGCUCUGGGUCGUCGUCUGCAGCUGAGUGAGGAGAAUCUGGACCGAGCUCAGGAGAGACUCUCCACCGCUCUCCAUAAACUGGACGAGGUGGAGAAGGCUGCCGACGAGAGCGAGAGAGGUAUGAAGGUGAUCGAGAACAGAGCUCUGAAGGACGAGGACAAGAUGGAGCAUCUGGAGGUUCAGCUCAGAGAAGCCAAACAGAUCGCUGAGGAGGCCGACCGCAAAUAUGAAGAGGUGGCUCGUAAACAUCUGAUGUUGGAAGGAGAGCUGGAACGAGCUGAAGACAGAGCGGAGCGGGCUGAGAGUAAUGUUCGGAAGCUGGACGAGCAGUUGAGGAGCUUUGACCAAUCACUGAAGAGCCUGCAGGCAACUGAGGACAAGUAUUCUCAGAAAGAGGACCGGUAUGAAGAGGAGAUCAAGAACUUGAGUGGAAAACUCAAAGAGGCCGAGAGCAGAGCGGAGUGUGCCGAGCGGACCGUGGCCAAACUGGAGAAAGCCAUUGAUGAGCUGGAAGAUACUUUGACUUCAGCCAGAAACGCCAACAUGGAGCUUCAGGCGACUCUGAAUCAGACUAUGGAGGAACUCAACUCCUGCUGAACCUCCUCCCUCCUCCCUCUGAUUGACAUCAGGGAACUCGGUGGCCAAAUGUUCCUAUCGCUCCUUAUACUAGCGCCUCCUGCGGCUGACCUACUUACUCCUUACUCCUUCAGCUCCCCCUGGUGGAUGUUGAGGAGUUAGGGUCAAACUCUGUGGCCAAAACAUUCCUCCCCCCUAUGCUCCUGUCCUCCCCCUUUACCUCUCUCUGCUGGCUGCUUUGUGGAUGUCAGGAAACGUGUGUCCCUCUCCCCUUCUUCAUAUGUUCCUCCUCUUCUGGUGGGGGUGAGGGAGGUUUUCUCCUUCUCCUCCUCUUAGUGAUUCCUUCUCUGAAUCUUAAGUCACGUUUGAAGUUUCCUCCUCAAAUCCUCCCUGCUCCUCCCCUAUCCUCCCCCACUGAGGGGAGAGGCCAGACCAAGAGCUGCUGAUGUUUUUGUCACUAAGGGAGUUUAACAGUGACUUACAACCAUUCCCUUGUUAACAACUAAUUAACUCACAAGAAACUAAUUGUUUGUCCGAAUGUUUUGUUACUCUGAUUAGUUUACUUAUAAUAACACAAUAACUAAUUAAUGAUUGAUUGAUUAGAGCUAGCUUCCUGUUAGCUAAUGAUGUUUUGAUUUUGUUUAUGGGUGAAUGGUCUAAGGCAGCCAAUCACAGUGCGGCAUUCCACUGCCAAAUGUGGUUUACCAGGGGCCAAUCAGAGACGCACUAAGCUUUUGUCUACAGGUGACCUUUGACCUGAUCACGAAUAAAGUCCAGAAACGUUUGAACCUGGAAUCCGGUGCCGUCACUGUUUUACUCAUUGUAAUAAAUCAUGUCCAGAUUUUAUAAAUUAAAACGUUGUCACUGGUAUUUAGAUCCAAA